UGGUUGGCUGUAAGUUAACUUGUCAGAAGCGUUUGCCAUUCGAGUAGCUCAUUCCACAUUCGACUACUGGAGCCUCAACAGUGUUUACGGACAUUAAACAAUUAUCACUCGUCAUGAUGCGCAUGCUCACCAGUUGCACCCUGCGGCGCUCUGCCAGGAUCAGCCAUGUCCUUUGGGCGCGCUCCUAUGCCAAGGACGUGAAGUUCGGGCCGGAGGUGCGGGCCAUGAUGCUGCAGGGCGUGGACGUGCUUGCGGACGCCGUGGCCGUGACCAUGGGCCCCAAGGGACGCAACGUGAUCAUCGAGCAGAGUUGGGGCUCCCCGAAGAUCACCAAGGACGGCGUGACGGUGGCCAAGUCGAUCGCCCUGAAGGACAAGUUCCAGAACAUCGGGGCCAAGCUGGUGCAGGACGUGGCCAACAACACGAACGAGGAGGCCGGCGACGGCACCACCACGGCCACCGUCCUGGCCCGCGCCAUCGCCAAGGAGGGCUUCGAGAAGAUUUCGCGGGGGGCCAACCCGGUGGAGAUCCGCCGCGGAGUGAUGCUGGCCAUCGAGACGGUCAAGGACAACCUGCGCAAGAUGUCCCGCCCGGUGAACACGCCCGAGGAGAUCUGUCAGGUGGCGACGAUCUCGGCAAACGGCGAUAGGUCGGUGGGCAACCUCAUCAGCGAGGCCAUCAAGAAGGUGGGCCGCGACGGGGUGAUCACGGUCAAGGACGGCAAGACCCUCUGCGACGAGCUGGAGGUGAUCGAGGGCAUGAAGUUCGACCGCGGCUACAUAUCGCCGUACUUCAUCAACGCCGCCAAGGGGGCCAAGGCGGAGUUUCAGGACGCCCUGCUGCUCUUCUGCGAGAAGAAGAUCAAGUCGGCGCCGAGCAUCGUGCCCGCCCUGGAACUGGCCAACGCGCAGCGCAAGCCGCUGGUCAUCAUUGCCGAGGACGUGGAGGCGGAGGCCCUCAGCACCAUGGUGGUGAACCGGCUCAAGGUGGGCCUCCAGGUGUGCGCCGUUAAGGCACCCGGCUUCGGGGACAACCGGAAGGAGACGCUGGCGGACAUGGCCGUGGCCACCGGCGGCAUCGUGUUCGGCGACGAGGCCAACCUGGUGCGACUCGAGGACGUCAAGAUGAGCGACUUUGGGCGCGCGGGCGAGGUGUUGGUCACCAAGGACGACACCAUGCUGCUCAAGGGCCAGGGCCAGCGGACCGAGGUGGACAAGCGGGUGGAGGGGCUGCGCGAGGCCAUCCGGGAGUGCAGCUCCUCCUAUGAGAAGGACAAGCUGCAGGAGCGGCUGGCGCGACUCUCCUCGGGCGUGGCCCUGCUGCGCGUAGGCGGCUCCAGCGACGUGGAGGUCGGCGAGAAGAAGGACCGCGUCAACGACGCCCUCAACGCCACCCGCGCCGCCGUGGAGGAGGGCAUCGUGCCCGGCGGCGGCACCGCCCUGCUGCGCUGCAUCCAGAAGCUGAACGACCUCAAGGGCGCCAACGAGGACCAGAACCUGGGCAUCGAGAUCAUCCGGCGUGCCCUGCGCAUGCCCUGCCUCACGAUCGCCAAGAAUGCCGGCGUGGACGGGGCCAUGGUGGUGGCCAAGGUGGAGAUCCUGGACGGCGACUACGGCUACGACGCUCUCAAGGGCGAGUACGGCAACAUGAUCGAGCGGGGCAUCAUCGACCCCACCAAGGUGGUGCGCACCGCCAUCUCGGACGCCGCCGGAGUCGCCUCGUUGCUGACCACCGCCGAGGCCGUGGUCACGGAGCUGCCGCUGGAGGAUGCCGCGGCGGCCGGAGCAGCGGCUGGCCUGGGCGCCCUCGGCGGCAUGGGCGGCAUGGGCGGGCUGGGCAUGUAGACCAAGUCGCCAAGCGCAAGUUUCGUCGCCCCUCUUACCACUCUCGUCUACACUUUACACACGUGAACGCUGAUGGCUUCACACUUUACCUCAAUACCACAGUAUGGCUUUGUUAAAGUGUACCUAAAAAAAUGUUUCGUUAAAAAACGUUGUGAUGAAUGAAAAAUGUAAUGUAAAUGGCUUUGACGAUA